CCUCGAGCAGACGAUUUUUCUUUCUGGCCUUGCAUAUAUGUACGGAACUACGACGGUUCUCAUCAAAGCUAGCCCCAUAAAUUUAGCGACUGGUCUGUGUGGCGCCCAAAGACAGAAGAUCAUGGAUAGUGACGAUUCCGAUUCGGACACUAUGAUGGGCCCAUCAGGGGACGAUGGGACGACGACAGAGUUCUGCCAGGCUGCUCAACGGGUGCAGAUGCUGGCCGCUGGUCUGCCCAAAGAUAAAUUGCUGUAUCUCUAUGCACGGUAUAAACAAGCUACUGUCGGCAAAUGCAACACGUUACGACCUGGACUCUUUGACUUCCAAGGGAAGCAGAAAUGGGAUGCAUGGCAUGGACUGGGUGCAAUGACCAAAGAUGUGGCCAUGGCUGAGUACGUGGCCGCAGUGAAGGACAUUGACCCUGACUGGUCCAGUGAGAAGAGUGGAGGGAGGGGCAGAAGUGGGAUGGGGGUGGGGGUCAGCACCAUGUGCAAAGAGGAGGAUGACAUCUGUGACGGGAAUAAAACUGUAUUCGAUUGGUGCAAGGAUGGCGACGCAGAGCAGAUGAGUCGAUUACUGGAUGAAGGACGGUUAGGAAUCGACGACCCAGAUGAUGAGGGGAUGAGUCUACUCCACUGGGCGUGUGACAGGGGACAUAUAGGUGUAACCCAGGUGCUCUUAGACCACAAAGCUGAUGUCAAUAUACUCGACGAGGAGGGACAAACGCCAUUACAUUAUGCUGCCACCUGCGAGCACACAGCCAUUGUAGAAAUCCUUCUGAAGUACGGUGCAAACCGGGCACUGACUGACAACGAAGGGUGCAUGCCUCUCGAACUUACCUCAGACAAACUCAUCCAGGAAAUGCUGAGAGUGCAUUAAGACUGACGACGAAAACUGAACGUUUUGUAGGCUGUGGCCUGGGCCUCGUAUGUGCGGCUUUUGGACUGUGGUCAGGUUGAACAGUCCAAUUUGCAGAACAGCUGCGAGUCACCGGUUGUGCCGUCCGCCUUGGCUUCCGUCAACGACGGGCACCAGUGGUAGAUGAUGGUGGCAUGCCCAUGGUCUUUCCAACCAAUCCAAGGACCAUGACACUUAUGUCCUCGGGCAAGACGAUUUACUAUAAUUGCUGCUAUCCACACAGGAGCAAAGGGUUAUCUGAGGGGGCAUAGUCAUCAUCAUGCGAGAGGUCGUCUUUAACCGACAACUUCUCGAGAGACUCUGGUGGUCGCAUUCCAUGCGUCCAUGAGGUCCAGCAUCAGCAUCCUCAGCUCAGCGGUAUUUUGUUGUGCUGCGUCCCUCUUCAACUGGUCGAUGAAAGAUAGUCGCCUCCUGCCCUUGCUCCUAGCUCCACCAACAGGUUCCCACAGUACUAGCGGGCUUGCAGCUAGCUCUGGAUGACCCACACAGUCAGUCCUAAAUACCCAUAUGUGCCAAAGAGUAGAGUGACUACCUCAAAGAAAGUUCUGGUGCUUAUGGGCUCCGUGCGCGAACAAGAGAGGGUGUACGUGUUCUACAUAACCCCCGAGGACCGACACACAAAAGGAGAACAACAGAUCCUUUC